UUCAUUAAAACUGUAAAUAUAAAAAAAAUCUCUAACAAAAUACGAAAAUAAUAUUUUAUUUAUUAUAUAAUAAGUAUUCCUAUAAUCCGUCUUGUUUUUUAUGUUUAAAAAGCGUAACAGUUGAUUCUAGUAUUAUUCGAACUUUGGUCGCUUGAACUAUAGUUUCUAAACGUUUGUGAUGAGCUUAUAGCGAAACAUAUAUUUUGUCAAACGUUGAAUUACAUUUGAACUGUGAAAAUGUACAAUGAAUAUCGGAUAUAGUUUAUUUUUCAUAAAAUAAGAUAUUAUAAAUAGUUCGAAUAUUAUUCUUUUGAGAGAAACAUUAAGUUAAUUUUAUAUAUAUUAUCGAAUCAUGAAACCAACGGGUGAUCAAAAAGUUUCUGGCGCCAAAACUACCACAUCAGAGGUUAAUACUAAAGUUAAAAAAUCUUUGCACGACUUGCAACCAACAGCUGUAGACAAAGAAAAUCUAGUUGGUGGCGGAAGAACCAUCAAAGUAGAUUCAUCGAUCAAAGAUGCCUUAAAGAAAGAUAUUGAAAGUACAACGAAGAAACCAAAAAUAACAAAACAAAAACACAAAAAUGUUAUUUGUAAAAAUAAGGCAGUUCAAACAAGUAGAGGAGAGCAGAUUCAAAUCGAAAUAGAAGAUUUAACCUCUGAAGCUGGUCCAAGCGAGAAUUAUUGGCAAGUACUAGCAGAAAGACGACGAAUAGCACUUCAUGACGCGCUAGAUGAAAAUAAAACAUUACACGAACGCAUAGCAACAUUGCAGGAAGAAAAUCGUUUGUGUAACGAAAUGUUGAACGAAACACGAGCAUUAGUUGAAGUAUUACAAGAAAUGAUUGAAGAUGAUAGCAACGGCAUACACAAUUCAUUGGAAGAUAGUGCUCUUUAAUUUUAUAUUAUAUUUUCAAGAGUGAUCCAAAUAUUAAUUUUAUACAUUAACUCUAUAUUGGAUAAAAGCUUUAAAAAAAUUAAAGAUUAUUAAACAAAUUUGUAUAUACGUUAUGUUUAAAGUUUAAUGGUUUAAACAUUUAUUAGUAAUUUAAAUAAAUAUAAUUAACGUGUUUUUUUUGCCUGAGGCCAAAACUA